AAGAAUGGGUCAAUGAUGGUUCCAAACUUAUGUGGGAUCAACAUCAACAGCAGUGGACAUUCAUUUUGGUUUAUGAGAAGAGCAAAGUAACCUCCCAUGAGAACCAAGUGGGAGGUCUUCGUGUCUGUUCUCUAGAUCCAGGUGUCCGCACAUUUAUGACUUGGUAUUCAUCCAUGCAUGGCUCUGGCUGUAUUGGCAAUGGUGAUGCUCAAAGACUUGUACGUCUUUGUUUCAAUUUCGAUAAUCUCAUUUCCCGGAGAUCCAAGCUUCUCCUCAAAAAUGGAAUCCUAUGCACUGCGCAUUCGACAACAUAUUCACAAUCUUAUUGA